GGCAGCGCUGGCGUUCCCAAGCUGAAAGCUUUGCGAUUCCCACGACGACGAUUUUCUGACCCAGAGGCUCGCCGCAUGGCACGAUGUCUCAUCCACGACCUCUGCUCUAUUCCCCGUUAGCUCGUUCGUUGUACGAGCGUAUGCUGAGGGACCAAGAGCUACAGACACUUGACAGAAGCGCAUGGUACGAGGUGGACGUUUCCAAGGUGUCAGAUGAAGUGCUGAGGUCGAAGUUCGUACAGUGUGGUUUGGACGACGAGACAAAGGACUUCAUCGAGCGUUCGGAGCAGAAGUCUGGCUGGCUUGUAACCCAGAUCAUUCAUUCGUUCGCUCGCCUCUUCUUCGGCUGGUUCUUCACGAAGACGUCUUUAAAUGGGCUUUUAGGACGAGGAUCCAUGUUCGUAUUUUCCCGUGCUCAGUUCGGUCAGCUGUUGACAGUAGGUGAGAGCGACAUGGCGGCAUUCACUGAAGCAAAGUCUCCGUCACCCCUUUUUUCUUCGCUUCUGGACAUUGGGGCUGGAGACGGCAACGUAACAGCCGUCAUUGCACCUUUCUUCGCCAAAGUGGACGUGACCGAAAUGUCUCCUGUUAUGCGGAGGCUUCUCGCUCGACGAGGCUUCUGUGUUUUAGACGUCGACACGUGGAAGACUGAUGAGAGUCGCUGUCCUGAACCCUACGAUGUAAUAAGUUGCCUUAACGUUCUCGACCGGUGUGAAAAGCCGCUGACCCUACUGGAAGACAUACGUUCCCGGAUGGAGCCAGGGCGUAGUCGGCUGGUGCUCGCUGUUGUGUUUCCUGUGUCUCAGUAUGUGGAGUUAGGUCGGCAGCACAACAAGCCCGCGGAAGUACUGCACGUGCGUGGAGGGACCUUCGAAGAACAAGUGCAAUCUUUUUAUUACGACGUCCUGGUGCCUUCAGGUUUUGUGCUAGAGGCGUGGACUCGUCUACCGUACUUGUGUGAAGGUGACCUCGAACAGGCGUUUUACUGGCUGGAUGAUGUGGUUAUGGUGCUUCGUAGAGCCAGCUGAGAGAACCUUUGCUGACUACUUUUCUUGCAUAUUUUUCUUUGCGUUACAAUUUUUCCUGACAUGAUCUCGUACUACAUAAAUUCUUACUUUUACCACACAGGUUGUAGUGGGAGUUGGAGUAGAAUGUUGGUCAGAGAUGAAACGUAACCACAAUCUUUAUUUUUUUCUUUUUUUUUCUUUUUUUUUUUUUUUACUGUCCGCACAACCCUUUACAAAUUUUAUUUUUAUUAUCUUUACUAUGGUUGCGGUUGUUUAGAAGAGGUGCUUCCGUUUCUGUCGUCCUGUUCGAAACCCUUGACUUGUGUUCGCAGUCUGGAAACUUCAUUCAACAGGCACUCUAUACCUGCGGUGGAAAUAAAGACGCAUAUAUUUUU